AUGGCCAAAGUACAACGAGGACCGACGGUUUCGUCGGCGGCAGUCACACACUAUGGCGAAUGGAACGAAGAGUCGCGGGAGAUCGCGGUACUAAGCUUUUUUGAAAAGUAUGAUGCAAUGGUCAAGAGCUGUGACUUCUCCGGCUCUUAUCACGACUGGUUCGCUCCAAGCGCCGAAUUCCAUGCCAACACGGGAGAAACCUACUCUAGCGGAGCCGAAAUAUGGGAAUGGAUGAAGAGCCCAGCGCUCUUUGGCAUCUAUGCACGGGUUGUACCUGAGAACCGUAUUUCCACUGUUAUUUACGGAGGGCAUGAGAAGGGUGAUUGCUUAAUCCAUCAGCAGGACUUAGUGUUUUAUCAGAGGGAAGGGAAGUUGAAGGCGGUGGGUAUUCCUGUUAGAAGAACCAUCGAAUUUGUGUCUGGGCCAAGUGAGAUUGACGGUCAGGGUACAGAUGGACUGCAGUACUUUGUGGGAAAGACUUUCUGGGACACCAAUGUGCUCGCUGCAGAACUGGCGCGUAGAGAGACGCUAUGA